AUCAGUUAAAUGUUAUUAGAAUUUUAAUUUUGUAUCAGAUAGUCCACUGUCGGUAUUUUACAUAUUAUUUUGUUCAAAAAUACAAAUUUUAUAUUAUAAUUUAUAAUUAAUUAAAACAAAAAGCCGAGUAAGUAUGCAAAACUUGUGGAAAAGUGAAUUGCUGUUUAGCCAUUUGCUAAACAAAACUAAAACGAUUCAUCAACAGCCAGUGAGAUAUACACGUAAACCCAGGUGGUUACCUAUAGCUCCGAGUAAGAUAUUUCGAGUUCCUAAACGACCCCAGGUUUCUAUUGAAGAGAGAAAUGAACUAUUUAAUCUUUUUACAAUGUAUAGAACAUGUAUGAAAUCAAUAAAAAAGCAGCUAGAAGAAGAGUUAGAAAAAACAGAUACCGGUUAUAAAGUACUCCAAGAAAUAGCAAAAAAGGAUGAAGAACAAUGGGCAAAAUGUUUGAGUAUCAAUGAAAAUUGGAAUGCUGAAAUAGCCAUAUCAAGGGAUCAAAGAUUAGCGAGAAAUAAGGAAGUUUUACGAAAUGAUAUUAUGACGCAUUUAAUAGAAAAUGAAGAAGAAAAAAGAAAAAAAUUGGAAGAAAUUGAAAACAUUGUUAAAUUAGAAAAGGAGAAAUCUAAGAACUUUAUUACUAUUGAUAAUAUUGAUGAGGCCAUUGAAAAGGCCUUAGACAAUGUGGUUGAUCACAAUUAUGCAAUAGAUUUGAGAGGUAAUAUUUACCGAGGCAUGAGUAAACCAAAUGAUCAGGAAGUAGAAAAUAAUAAUAAAAAAUUAAGAGUUCAAACAAUUAAUAAUUGAUACUUAUAAGAUUUUUUGUAGAAAAAAACUGUACAACUUGUAUAAGUUAUUAAGUUUCUAGAUAUUUGUUCAAAAUAUAUUUUUUAUGUCAUAAUAAAAUGUUUUGGUUUUUGUUAAAUAAAAUUAUCAAAUGUGAAUCUUGAAAAA